UUAUAAUGGCUUUAGCACACCAGUCACGCCGCGCUUCGCUGUGGAGAAGCACAAUAGGAAAUCUCAAGAAGUUAUUAAACAAUUUAAAGGAAAACAUAUUGAAAACAACAUGGAAAUCUCAUUCAAAAACAAACGGGUGCUGGUGACCGGAGCUGGACAAGGAAUCGGCCGCAGCAUAGCCAUCGAGCUAUGGCGGGCCGGAGCUCAAGUAGUGGCGGUCUCCCGCACCAAGUCCCACCUGGACUCCUUACAUCACGAGUACCCGGCCAUCCAGAUAGUGUCGGUGGACCUCGGCAACUGGGACGCGGCCAGGAAGGCCAUCGACCAGCUCGGACACUUUGAUGCCCUGGUCAAUAAUGCCGCUGUGGGACUGACUGAGGACUUUUUGACGACCACUCCGGAGAAUUUCGAUUUGCUAAUGAAUGUCAACGUUAAAGCGAUGCUGAAUGUGAGCCAGGUAGUUGCGAAAAAGAUGAUCGACGCCAAAAAAGGAGGAGCUAUCGUCAACAUUUCCUCUCAAGCCUCCAAGGCCGCUCUAUGGGGCCACGCGACCUACUGCGCGUCUAAAGGCGCCGUGGACGCGCUGACCCGCGUGAUGGCUCUGGAGUUGGGCCCUCACAACAUUCGCGUCAACACUGUGAACCCCACCGUCAUCAUGACGGAAAUGGGCAAGCUGGGCUGGUCCGACCCAGCCAAGGCCAAGGGCAUGCUCGCCAAGAUACCUUUGGGAAGAUUCGGCGAGGUGUCCGAGGUGGUGAACGCGGUGCUGUUUCUGCUGAGCGACAAGGCCAGCAUGAUCAACGGAGUGGAGCUGCCCAUCGACGGCGGCUUCUUGGCCUGCUGAUGUCCUGGUGUCCACGUUAUAAAUACAUUUAUAUUUAUUUUUAAA